AUGAAUAUGAAAUUGAGGAAGACGAGAUCUGAGCUGAAGGCGCAGCAGGUUAAAUUGGAAGUUCUGUCAGCCAAGAAGAAUCAUAAGGAAGCCAUGGAAACAGUGCGACGUCUGUUGAGCGGAAUUCAAAGAAAGUGCGAUUCGCCACAACCGGAGUUCAUUCAAUGUCCCCGUGUCCCCAAAGCAUUGAAGCUGCUGACCAUUAAACUGGAAAACAGCACCCCAGACAUCAACGAUUCUGAGGAUGAUGAUUGGUAA